AUGUCCUACAUUGUGGAACCUGGUGUGUUGGGCGUGGAGAUUUCGCCCAACCGGACGUUUAUUGAUGGUUCACCCUCUUGUUCAUACUUUCCUGUCAGUAACCAUUUUGGAGUGUAUUCGUGCACGCUUUUUGAGAAAGAGCGAUUUUUUCUCAAUCCCUACUCGCCCAGCCAUACCGACCUCAGGUUGGCUAGACCUGGGCGGGGGGGAGUUCUGCAAGUAGCUGUUGGACGGCGAGAUGAGUUUCAAGAUAAUGAGUUCACAAGCGUGUCUUCCGUGCUAUCAAAAAGUCUCGACAAUACAAAUCAUCUUAAGCCUGGACGCGUCCUCAUCCUAGCUGUAGUGGAGAUCAUGGCAAAAGGAUAG